UGCAAAAACCACCCAAAUCACCAUCACAAUUCAAUUCACACCCAGAAUUGACAAUUCCAAGUUUCCUCUCCGCUCCUCUCCUGUCUCUGCGUCCCCUCCCUCCCCUCGUUCCACGGCAACGCCAGACGAAACUGAAAACCAUCGACGCGCUCCGUCCACCCUCCCCUUCCCCCUCCCCCUCCGCUCCCGCCUCCCAGCCCAGCGGGCAGCGGCAAACCCUAACCCUAGAUGGGCGCCGUCACCUCGACGGUCGCGGCGCGCUUCGCCUUCUUCCCGCCGAGCCCGCCGUCGUACGGGGUGGAGCUGCCGCAGCCGCCACAACCGCCGGCGCCGGCCCCGGCCUCUGCCGCCCCCGAGCCGGCGCCGAAGGCGGGGGAGGAGAAGGGCGGAGGAGGCGCGGUGGUGGAGCUGACGGGCGUCCCGCGGAGGGGCAACGUGGAGGCGCGGCGGCUGCGGACGAAGCGGGGCACGGAGGUGGUCGCGAUGCACGUGCGCCAGGCGGGGGCCAAGCUCACGCUGCUCUACUCCCACGGCAACGCCGCCGACCUCGGCCAGAUGUACGAGCUCUUCGUCGAGCUCAGCGCCCACCUCAACGUCAACCUCAUGGGCUAUGACUAUUCUGGUUAUGGGCAAUCCACUGGGAAGCCUAGUGAACAAAACACUUAUGCUGACAUAGAAGCUGUAUACAGAUGCCUCAUAGAAACCUAUGGAGCUGCUGAGGAUAAUAUCAUUCUUUAUGGUCAAUCAGUGGGCAGUGGUCCUACUUUGGAUUUAGCAUCCCGAUUAACUCGUUUGAGAGCGGUUGUUCUACAUAGCCCAAUUUUGUCUGGAUUAAGAGUUAUGUAUCCUGUAAAACAUACAUACUGGUUUGACAUAUACAAGAACAUCGACAAAAUUCCAUUAGUCAGGUGUCCCGUGCUAGUGAUACAUGGUACAGCUGAUGAGGUUGUUGACUGUUCCCACGGGCGGUCACUGUGGGAGCUCGCGGAAGUGAAGUACGAGCCGCUGUGGAUCAAAGGCGGAAACCACUGCAACCUAGAACUGUACCCGGAAUACAUCAAACACCUGAAGAAGUUUGUCGGAGCCAUAGAGAGAUCGCCACCCCCACCUCCAAUCGAUGAGUCCACAGAGAGUUCAGGCCCGUCGGGCCGCACCGUGACGACGGAGCCCGAAUGUAAUUCAUCGGAGGACUCAUCAAGGAAGAGCACGGACUGCAGGGACAAAACACGGCCGAGCAUCGACCAGAGACACAGCACGGACCGGCGGGAGAAGCCGAGGGGCAGCACGGAUAGGCGGGACAAGACGAGGAAGAGCGUGGACCAUCCCGACAAGCCGCGGGCUAGCGUCGAUCAGUCGGAUCGGCCGAGGAAAAGCAUCGACCGGUUUGGAGGCAUGAUGAAGUCGGUGAGGCUGUGCAAUAUCGACUGCUUCAAAGUGACAGCAACCUCUGGGAGCUGAAGAGAAUUAAAGGAAAGGAUAUGGAUAGUAAUAACAGGAAAGGCCCGUGUCUGUGUUUUCACGACGUUUUAUGGUGGUGGCGGGCGGACAUGGACACCGCCGCAGGCCUCGAGCGCGGCGACCGACGGCGAGGACGUGAGGUGUGGGGAAACCGAGCGGACUUUUGGGUCGCCGCGCACGCCCUCGUGUCCCCCGAGCACCGCACGUCGAGCGGAGGACGAACACGUCGCGCAGAUCGCAGUCGCGCACGCACGCACUCCUGUUCCUGGCGGGGCGCGCCUUCACACGCCCGGGUCCGGGUGGCCUGCGUUGCGGCGGUCCCGCUCCUACCCUGCCCGCUGCCUUCUCCCCCUUUGCUGCUCGUUGCUGUGUCGGUCCGAGUCGUGAGCCGGGUAACAGCUAGCGACUCUGAUCUAAAACACAGUUUAACCAUGACAACGCUUUCUCCCGUAAAAGUUGUAACGAACAAGUCAUGUUGAGAAGUUGUCAUGAUAGAUUUGUCCAUAAAUAGUUAUAUGCAAGAUAAGUUUACAACUUAGGCAUGAAAUUUUAUUAUUAAAAUAAAAACUAGGCGUCCUGU